UUUGUUACCCUUUGUGGUGGGAGAGUUAGCUAUAAAUACAAGACCAAUAUAAUCUCAUCAUCAUUAAACCUUCUUGUCUACGUUAAGGAAUAUAAUCUCAUGUCUCUCCUUUUCAAAAAAACCCCUCUUAAAAAACCCUUCUUCUUCCUCCUCUGACAGACUCAGCCAGAAUCCUGCUGAGUUGUUUUUGUGACCGUUUGUUUCUUCAGAUCAAAUUUCUCCUCCCGAAAAUGCAUCAUCUGAAAUGGGUCUUCAAUCUUUUCCUUUUACUUACCCUCUUUGCCUUGAUUCGGACUGAGAUUACUACUACACCCUGUUCGGAAACAGACAGACUCUCUCUCCUCGACUUUAAAGCCAGGAUCUUGAAGGACACUACUGAUACUAUGUCAACUUGGACCGGUAAAGACUGCUGCGGAGGCGGUUGGGAAGGGAUUCAGUGCGAUUCAUCUUCGGGGAGGGUCACUGGUCUCAUAGUUCAGAGUCCGUCUGCUUCUGAUAAGGGUAUCUUCAUGAAGGGAACUCUGUCUCCUUCAUUGGGUAGAUUAGAGUUUUUGGAAGUGAUGGUUCUAAGUGGAUUGAAAAGAAUUGAAGGGCCUAUUCCUGAGAGCUUCUCAAAUCUAACCAGGCUAACUGCUCUUGUUCUGGAGGAUAAUUCAAUUCAAGGGAUCAUCCUUCCAAGUUUAGGUAACUUACCUUUAUUAAAGACUCUCUCUUUAAGUGGAAACAAGCUGGAAGGCCAAAUUCCUCCAUCUUUAGGGAAUUUCAAGAAUCUUCUCCAGCUAAAUUUGGGUAGAAACCAGUUCACAGGUCCAAUUCCAUUAUCGUUCAAGAAUUUCAUUAAUUUACAGUAUCUUGAUCUCAGCUUCAAUUCGUUAUCUGGGUUGAUACCUGAUUUCAUAGGGCAGUUGGUUAAUUUAACAAAUCUCGAUUUUUCCAAUAAUAUGUUCUCUGGAAAAAUACCCAUUUCUUUAUCCAAUCUGGUCAAUCUAAAUGACUUGUCCUUGAGUAAUAACCAAUUGAAAGGAUUAAUCCCUUCACAAAUCGGAAACCUAAAAACUCUUACCACACUUUCAUUGAGUGUUAACAACUUGAGUGGUCAAAUCCCGGAAUCCAUUUCUGGUCUCCAAAAUCUUUGGAACCUUAACUUAUCAAGAAACAGUCUUUCAAACCCACUUCCUAUUGCCUUCUCAAUUGGCAUCCCUUCUCUACUGUCAAUUGACUUGUCCUAUAAUAACUUCAUCUUGGAUACAGUUCCUCAAUGGGUAACAAACAGAAACCUUUCGACUGUUAAUCUAGCAGGUUGCAGUCUUAAGGGAACACUUCCAAUUUUCAUACAGCCAGAAAUCUUGUCCGCUAUUGACCUAUCCGACAACUAUUUCACAUCUGGGUUAGCGAAUUUGUUCUCAAAGGCGAUUAAUUUACAACAGGCCAAGCUAUCAAGUAAUCAACUGAAAGGAAAUCUGUCAACAAUCGUUAACAGCAGAACAAGCAGGUUUCUUGAAGUGGUGGAUGUGUCGAACAAUCAGAUUUCAGGAAGUAUUCCCGAGUUGAGUAACUUUGGGAGGUUGAAGGAAAUGAAUAUAUCAAGAAACCAGAUUAUUGGGCACAUACCCAAUUCGAUUUCCAGCAUGAUUGAACUCGAGAGACUAGAUAUCUCGAGGAAUCAGAUAACAGGCACCAUUCCACAGAGUGUAGGACUCCUGUUAAAACUAGGAUGGCUGGAUUUAUCUGUGAAUGGGCUGUCGGGGAGGAUUCCGGCGGAAUUGUUGGGAAUAGAGAAUUUGAGGCAUGUAAAUUUCAGGUCUAAUAGACUUUGUGGAGAAAUUCCACAAGGGAGACCGUUGAAUGUGUUCAAGGAGGUGGCUUAUGCUCAUAAUUUGUGCCUAUGUGGGAAGCCGUUACCAGCUUGUAAGGCGAAAAGGAAGGCGAAGACGAAGAGAUAUUAAAUGGGCCAUUGAAAUGAUGACCCAAUUGAAGCCCAAUGAAAUUGAAGUGAUGGAUUUGGUAAUUUGUACUUUUUCAUUAUCCAAACAAAACAUAACAAAAUGGUGAGAGAACUUUUAUUGGUUCUUUUUUCUUAAAUAGAGUCCAAGUUUUAAAAGUUCAUUUGUUUCUUUUUUUUACUUAUGUUAUUAUUAUUUAUGUGGACUAUUCUUUUUAUUGUCUUUACUUUAUUACUGGAAAAGGAUAAAAAUAUGAAAGCUCUUCUUUCCUUUCUUUUUAAUC